AUGGCUGACUCCGCUCAAUCCCUCAUAGAUCUCUCCCCGGAACCAGACCUCGCACCGGACCGAGACGAUGUUCUCUUGGGGGUCCCCCGUUGGGACUGCCGGUCAAGCCUGUGUGCUUCAUGUACCCAAAUGAUGGAACACACUAGCCGCAUGGCGGUCUUGUGCUCGAAAUCUGAACCCUCCGACAAUCGCUCUGAGAAUGAUCUUGAGUGUGCCGCGGCCCAGGGCUGUUUCCUGUGCGCCAGAGUGAUGGCCGUACUGCGCGCUUAUGUUCAAGGCGGCGGUGAUCUACCUAGUGCAGAGGAACGGUUAGUCAGUUUCAGUACCAAUGCCCACAAAACAAAGCUAUGGCUGCAUAUCUGGGGAGAACCCGAACACUUCUCCCUGGCCGAGACAUUCUCCGUGAAUAUUGACGUACUUCAAACCCCAAAUGACUACAUCCCCCGUGGUGAACGGUCUAGGCCAGGCCUCGAGGAGGGCUUCAGCAAAGAGCGUAUCCGCCAGCUCCGUCACUGGUAUCAGAAUUGUCUCCAAAAUCACGAGAAGUGCAAACGAUACCGAGCUUUCCCCACACAGAACCCGUCCAACGUGCUCUGUCUAGAAGAUGGGGAUAUGGUCAAGCUGAAAUCUUACGAGAGCGCAUCGCAAGACGGGGCUGUGGAAUAUGUGUCCCUGAGCCAUCGAUGGGGUGAUCCCGCUAAGGGUCAUCGAAUACCUCCCAAGCUCACACGAGACGACGGCAAAGACGCGAGGCUGCGGCAGGGUAUCAAGGUCUCAAGCUUGCCCAAGACCUUUCGGGAUGCCGUGCUCAUCACGCGUACCUUGGGCCUGCGGUAUUUAUGGAUCGAUUCGUUGUGUAUCUUUCAAGACUCGGCCCAGGACUGGCUGGACGAAGCCUCGAAGAUGGGCGAUAUCUACGCCGGCGGCGUUUUCAACAUCGCGGCAACCGGGUCGUCUAGCUCAGAUGGAGGUUGUCUCUUCCGUGGAGACGACCCGAGAUGGAUACCAGCUUUUCAGGCCACUGAGACGAAUAAACCCCAGUCUGACGAGGGUACAUGGAUCGAGCUACACGAUCACGAACCAGUCAAAGAGGACAUUUUCUCUUCAGAGUUAUUCAAAAGAGGGUGGGUUCACCAGGAACUUCACCUUUCUCCAGCGGUUCUGCACUGCACGCAGCGGCAGCUGUAUUGGGUCUGCACAGAGGGAGUCUACUCCGAAAGAUACCCUCAGGUGAUAUCCAAAGACGGGCCCUUCUUGAGUGAUGAAUUGAGAACGGACGUAAAGUCCCUCUUGCUCUCGUCUCUCCGCGAGGGCAAUGAAUUGAAGACAGUCAACGUCUGGCUGCAUCUGGUCGAGCAGUAUUCCGAGGCACGGUUGACCAAGCCAGAAGACAAACAGAUUGCCAUAAGAGGUCUCCAGUCCAAAAUGACGGAAACCUUCAACCGCGAAAGGCAAGCACAUUUCAUGGCCGGGACCUGGAUGGCCUCUUGGCUCGUGGAACAACUGUGCUGGAUGCCAAAUACAGAGCUCGAAACAUGUGCAUCACAGCUUCGAUGGGAUCCCGCUGAGAGCAUCUGA